AUGGCCACACAAGUCGACUACCCUCCUUCAUCUUCCCGCCAAGGCGGUUCCCAUGCAACGAUUGACACCAGAUUACCCACGGAUAAGAAAGGAAAGGCCGUAGCCAAGACUAAGGAAACCGAUGCGACGGUAGGAAACGAGCCCAGCGGCAUCGAGGGGACACGAAAGGACAAGCUUGUUCAAAAAGAAGUAGACGCUGAAGGCGAUCGUAACAACGAUGUUCGAUCAGUCUCGCGUCGUGACAAUGCUUCUUCUUAUUACUCACAAGAUGAGGAGGAUUCUUUUGCAAGCUCGGGAGACUCUAAUUCUGAAGCUGAUCCUAACGAGGACGAAUCAUCAAUCCAGGCGAGGAAGGAAGCAAAACGAAUCAGGAAGGCUGAGCUCUAUAAAAACCCCGAGGCGAAAAAGGAGCAUAGAGCUAAGACAAAAGCACGCAGAGAUGCGAAGGAUCAACAAAGAAAGGUACAAAUCGAGAAUGAAGGGAUGCGCGGUUACACUGAGGCACGCAAGGCACGCAAGCCACCGCCUCCACUCCCGGCAGAAGUACAGAAGGUCUGGAAGGGUCUGUAUCCUAUGGUGAAAUCCUGGUGGCUAAGGGACAGGAACAGUGAAAGGAUUCCUGAUAGUCACCAGAAGGCAUUCAAUCAGGCUAAUGGGAAGAUUAGAAAGUACAUCGAAGGCGUCAUAUCGUCACCUGGACAAAAGAAAGCCGCUGAGCUCUUCAUGGCUCAGUGGCCUAAGAAGAAACAACGUGAGAGGCGAGCUUUUGUCGCUCAGAAUCCCCAGGCUUCAAACGAGGCUAUCGAAAACGAGUUGGUGGAUAUUGAGAACAGGUUUCGAGUGGAGCUCGGGCUAGAGAAAUGUACCAGACAGGAGAUGAUCAACAAGUAUGAGUUUCCUGCACAGCGACUCUACAACUCUAUUUCUGAGCUCAACAAGCAUCUUCGACGGGCCAAUCAAUUGGAGUCGAAGGAGCAAUUAGAAAAGAAGCGCACCGAGGCUUUCGAGCAGAUAGAGUCGACCAAAGAUCGAAGGCAAAAGGCCCGAUUGGACCUAAAGGUAGUCGAGCUUGAAGAGGAUAUGGAAUCAAACGAGCGCCAGAUUGAAGACUUCCUUCGUGGGGCUUUGAUCUUCAUGGAGGAGACGUCGAACGGCAUGGGCAUCAAUUCAGUUGAUAUCAUGUCUACUGAAGCACGUGAGAGGUUCGAGAGCUUUAUCAAAACUUCAGAUCAGCACGAAGAGCUUUAUAAGAAGCUAAGUGCCCAGAUCGAGCGACCAACAUUGGAGCAAAAUGUCGCAUGGGAACUAGCAUCCCGCUCCGUAUACGAUCUUGUUACUAUCGUGCGCGAUGAUUCCGUCCAAUCGGACGACCACCUAAAAGCUGUGAACAAGCACCUGACCACGAUCAAGAGACACAACAAGAGUUUGCAGGACUCUAAUAAAGCGAAUGGCAUCGGUGUAGACAUAAAUUGUAUGCCCAUGGCAAUCUUAGAGGAGAUGGUGGACCAAUGGAAGAAAGAAGAUCGAGACCAGGUGCUAGCAGAGAUCGAGAACUUGCUGAAGCAACUUGCAAGUGAAGAGCCAGCAAAAGACACUUUGAUAGCACUCGAGACGAACGAAGCACCUGACAAUGUGCCUGAUCCUGUUCUCGAGACAGAUGAAGCACCUGGUGAUACUCCUGCUCCUGAAUCUACCUCAAGGACCCGGACUCAGUCUCCUAUACAGAAAUCUUCUCUUGGCCAGUUGACAGACGAGAAUCUGCUCGAUCUGGACAUAGAUUCGAUGUCACUAGAUAACGACCGCGUUGAGCCUUUCGCAUACGGGAAUGGUGAAACGGAAUACGGACCGUUGGUAGCAACUCGCGCUUCAAUUUCCGAUAACCCCAGAUUCCAUCGCUUUAUCAUCAACGCUGGUAUAGGAGAAGAGAAAUGGGAGUACUUCAGGGUAAUCAAGGGAAGUGACCUAGGUCCAGGAGGUGCUGAGUAUGCCGCAAGACAAAGGAUCGGUCCCUGUGUCGUCAUGCCACGCGCAGAAGGCUAUGUUAGUCACGCCGGCGCAAAGCAGCGUCAGCCUGAUACUUAUGUCCGCGUUGCGUAUAAGGGGAUUACACAGGCCGAUUGGCUAAGCAAAACAGAGUUCAUCCAACUCGCUGGGAAAAAGUAUGCAGAAAAGCACUUAGCGAUCAUGAUCCCAGCCUACCACAAACGACAGCAGUACUUCGAGGCGUGCAAGGCACAAAGAAGGCAUCCUAAGACAAAGCUCCCUUUGACUUCGGAGGACUUUGAAAGCCACCCAUGGCUGUUUCCAGAUGAUGAGAGGAUGAUCAAGCGGCCCGAAGAGAAUGAUCCUAUGGAGGUUGACGACGACGACGAAUCUGUGAUUGAAAAUGUCAAGGUCAACGUAGGAGAUAUGCCGGAUGUAGAGUCGCGUGAUCCAUUUAAGAAGAAGAGAGCUGCUCUUCCACUGAGCGGCUCAGCAGGUUCAGAAUACUAG